AUGCGCCCGACGCUUAACGACGUGUUGGCCAACACCGCCCCGCCCCCCUACACUCUGAGCGCUUUCAUGGCCUACCUCUCUCAGAAUCACUGCCUCGAGACUUUGGAAUUCACCCUCGAGGCUCAGCGCUACCGCGAUACCUACCUCUCCCUCGCCGAGCGCCUCGGCCAAUCCACCCUCACCACGGAUACCCCGGAAAGCCAACAUCUACGCAUGCUCUGGCAGCGUCUAUUGACGGCCUACAUCUUCCCCGGCGCUCCCAGGGAAAUCAAUCUGUCAAGUGAAGUUCGGGAUGGACUGCUCCGCCACCGUGACGUUGCUCUCCCACCUGUACCGGAAACACUCGACUCGGCCGUGAAACGCAUCCACGAUCUCAUGGAGGAAUCCAUCUUCCUCCCCUUUCUCAACGCACACACCACAUCACCCACCAUGCCGCCACUCGGGUCCGAUCUCGCGCCAGACGGACAUCCCCCCCAGUCCUCGACAAAGGAUCUCCCUCUCCCUGCACCUGGCGGCCGCUCGAAUCUGUCCCUCGGUGCAGUUCACGCCCUCGGUAAGCGGGCUUCGGGUGCUCUCCUUAGUACGAGUGGUGAGUCUGUCUCGCUCGCUCUGACAGACGACUCAAGUCCGCAGUCAAGUCCCACUGCUGAGGAACCAAUGACACCACCGACCACCCCGCCCGCCAGCGAGCCUCAUCUCCCAAUGCACAGCCCCAGGCUACGCACCGAGAAUCCCUGGAAGAAGAUGGGUAUGAAGCUGGGCUUCAAAAAGCGGUCCGGCGGUGCCAGUGGCUCUCGCGGUGAUCCUAAAAUCCUCGGUCUUGACGACUGA